CUCCUCCCCCCCACUUUUCCUUAACAAAUCAACAGCAUCUCUCCUCUUUCUCUCUCUUACUAACCAUGGUUAGUUUUCUCCUAAUCAUUCCUCUCUCUCUUCUUUUCCUUCUUAUAGCACACAAUCUUUUCAACCGGUUUAGACACAAACUCCCGCCCGGCCCGAAACCCUGGCCCAUUGUUGGUAACAUUUACGAUAUUAAGCCCGUACGGGUCAAAUGCUUCCAUGAAUGGUCCCAAAUAUAUGGCCCAAUACUUUCAUUUAGACUUGGUUCAAAACUGAACGUCGUCGUUUCAAAUGCUGAAUUAGCAAAACAAGUAUUGAAAGAACAUGAUCAAACUUUAGCUGAUAGACAUAGAAGUAGAUCAUCUGCAAGAUUUAGUAAAGAUGGAAAAGAUCUUAUUUGGGCUGAUUACGGGCCCCACUAUGUUAAGGUUAGAAAGGCAUGUACUUUGGAAUUGUUUACCCAAAAAAGACUUGAGGCCCUUAGGCCCAUUAGAGAAGAUGAAGUUACUGCUAUGAUUGAAUCAAUCUUUAAUGAUUGCAGUAAUCCUGAAAACAAAGGCAAGCCCCUUAAAGUGAGGAGAUACAUAGGGACAGUGUCAUUCAACAACAUCACAAGGCUAACUUUUGGGAAGAGAUUUAUAAAUUCUAAGGGUGAAUUGGAUCCCUUAGGAAAGGAAUUUAAGGGAAUUUUAUCUAGUGGGGUGAAAAAUACCAAGAAUAGCUUCUUGGCCGAGCACCUUCCGUGGCUACGAUGGUUGUUACAGCCUCUCGACAAAGAAAAAGGCGAGGCUGCGAUACACAAUGUUCGGCUGGAUCGAUUUACUAGAGAAAUCAUGGAGGAGCAUGCUAAAGUCAAGUCACAAAAUACUGGUGGUAUUAAGCAACAUUUUGUUGAUGCUUUGCUUUCCCUAAAGGAUGAGUAUGAACUUGGUGAGGACACCAUUAUUGGACUUCUUUGGGACAUGGUUAUCGCUGGUAUGGACACGGUUUCAAUCUCAGUCGAGUGGGCCUUAGCCGAGUUGAUAAGAAACCCAAGAGUACAAAAGAAGGCUCAAGAAGAGCUUGAUCGAGUAAUCGGACAAGACCGAAUCAUGACCGAACUAGACUUCUCGAACCUUCCCUACUUACAAGCCUUAGCCAAAGAGUCCUUAAGGCUCCACCCACCAACCCCUCUAAUGUUGCCCCACAAGGCCAAGGCUCAUGUCAAGCUUGGUGGGUAUGAUAUCCCUAAAGGCACAAUUGUAUACGUAAAUGUAUGGGGUUUGGCUCGUGACUCAAACAUUUGGCGUGACCCAUUAGAGUUCCGACCAGAACGAUUCUUCGAGGAGGAUAUUGACAUGAAGGGACAUGAUUUUCGAUUGCUUCCAUUUGGUGCAGGUAGACGAAUCUGCCCAGGAACACAAUUGGGUAUAAACUUGGUAACAUCUAUGUUGGGUCAUUUACUACACCAUUUUGACUGGAACCCACCAAAGGAUGUUAAACCUGAAGAAAUUGAAUUGGAGGAAGCCCCAGGAAUAGUCACUUACAUGAAAACGCCUCUACAAGCUGUGCCUGUUCCAAGGUUACCUGCACAGGAUUUGUAUAAACGUGUACCAGCUGAAAUCUAAUCUACUUAAAAAUUUUAUUUAGCUGCAUAUUAUACUUUUGAUCAUGAAAAAAGAAAAUUUUAUGUGAAAAUAUAUAAUUUUGUAUUUUUAUCUUAUGUGUAGAGAAAUUGAGAAACUGACUUUAAACAAGUCUUCACAUAUUUUUUUCAUUAGCACUAAAUAUUACAUCGUGUUACUGGUUUAAACUUAUCU